AUGCAGCGACAUUAUUGUCAGCGAUCAGUGUGGAACAAAAUUUGGUGGUGGCAGCGUCGUUUGUUCACCACCAUAGCUCGAAGCGAUGAAAAUGGUGGCAAUUUACUUCCUGAAAUGCCACACUUCAAUCACACCCCAGCUCCCUAUAGAGGGCCUUCAGCAUCUGAUCUCUUGAAGAGGAGAAAACAGUAUCUCGCCACUUGCGUUAGCCCCUUAUACAAAAACCCAUUAAAUCUGGUGGAGGGUAAAAUGCAAUACCUGUUUGAUGAAAAUGGUCGCAGAUACCUUGAUGCAUUUGGUGGCAUUGCCACUGUUUCAUGUGGGCAUUGCCACCCUGAUGUGGUUGAAGCAACUGUUAACCAGAUUAGGCUCUUGCAGCACACCACUGUCCUCUAUUUGAACCGUGCUGUUGUUGAUUUUGCUGAGGCUCUUGCUAAUAAGUUCCCCGGGGAACUCAAGGUUGUUUUCUUCACAAAUUCUGGGACAGAAGCCAAUGAGCUAGCUUUGAUGAUUGCUCGGUUGUACACUGGUUGCCAUGAUAUAAUUUCCAUCAGAAAUGGCUACCAUGGCAAUGCAACCUCAACAAUGAGUGCCACUGCUCACUUUGUUUACAAGUUCAAUGUUGUACAGACUGGAAUUCAUCAUGUCCUCAAUCCAGACCCCUACAAAGGUGUCUUUGGUUCAGAUGGAGUAAAGUAUGCAAAUGAUGUUCAAGAUAUAAUUGAUUAUGGAACUUGUGGUCAUGUAGCUGGGUUUAUUGCUGAAGCCAUUCAGGGAGUAGGUGGAGUGAUAGAAUUGGCUCCAGGUUACUUGCCUGCAGUUUAUAGCAUUAUAAAAAAAGCAGGAGGUCUCUAUAUAGCAGAUGAAGUUCAAGCAGGGUUUGGUAGAACUGGUAGUCACUUUUGGGGCUUUGAGGCACAUGGAGUUGUCCCUGAUAUUGUAACAUUGGCAAAGGGAAUUGGUAAUGGAGCACCGAUUGGUGCCGUAGUUACAACUCCUGAGAUUGCAAAGGUCUUGACUUACCGUCAUUUCUUUAGCACAUUUGGGGGAAAUCCUGUUUGUACUGCUGCUGGGUUAGCUGUUUUGAAUGUAAUUGAGAAGGAUAAACUUCAGCAAAAUGCAUUUAUUGUUGGAUCAUACUUAAAAGAGCGUCUUACUUCACUAAUGGAAAAGCAUGAAAUAAUUGGUGAUGUAAGGGGAAGAGGAAUGUUGCUUGGAGUUGAACUCGUGAAAGAUCGUCAGUUGAAAACUCCUGCAAAAGCUGAAAUGCUGCAGAUCUCUGAACAGAUGAAAGAUAUGGGUGUGCUAAUUGGGAAAGGUGGCUUUCAUGCAAAUGUUUUAAGGAUUACACCCCCACUUUGCUUCACUAAGGAAGAUGCAGAUUUUCUUGUAGACGUGAUGGACUACACGAUGUCAAAGAUGUGA